UUAGGAACCUUUAUUUUUCAAAGCAUACUGCAGAAAACUACUCGAGUUGUGCAGCCAAUGAAUGAGAGCGGGGCGGAGAUCGCUCAGCAAUUGAACUAAAGGACCGCAGGCAGAUGUACACGAGCAUCCUCUAUUCUACACACGCGUCUACAUCAUAUAGUCAAUGGAUUAUACCUUCUCCCUCCAAGUGCAACACCAGUUGACAGUGUAUCCGACGCACCUUUGCCAGGGCUACAGCGUGGAGUUACAGAUGAAGUCAACACAGGUGGACCAGGGCCUUUUCACAGACAGUUACUGCAAAGUGUGCAGCGCUCAGCUCAUCUCAGAAUCACAGAGAGUAGCACAUUAUGAGAGUCGAAAACAUGCAAACAAAGUGCGUCUGUAUUAUAUGUUGCACCCAGUGGAUGGGGGAUGCCCGGCUAAGAAACUCAGAACAGAUGAUGGUAACGACGACGGAGACGUGGAUAAGAACAAAUGCUGUACACUGUGUAACAUGUCCUUCACUUCAGCGGUGGUAGCGCAGUCUCAUUACCAAGGCAAGAUCCAUGCCAAAAGGCUCAAACUUCUGCUGGGGGAACAGCCUGUCAUAACAGCCAAAGAGGUGUCACCUAGUCCUGUGAAGACCCCCUCCUUGGAAACCUCACCUGUGAGCUCGACCCGCCAGCACCGGGACUCAGAUCGCUACUGUCAGCUGUGUAACGCUUGGUUCAACAACCCCGGAAUGGCGCAGCAACACUACGAUGGAAAAAAGCACAAGAAGAACGCAGCACGUGCAGACCUGCUAGAACAACUGGGGAAGACUUUAGACGUGGGAGAGAUGAAAGGUCUAAAACGCUGCUACACGUGUGACAUCUGCAGCGUCACGCUAAAUUCAGUGGCACAGUACCAUGCACACCUGCAGGGCUCCAAGCACCAAAACAACCUAAAAAAUCAACUGUGUGUCCAGUGAGCCAUAGGAGAAACACGAUGAUUGGAUUGAUGUCAGACAAGCUGUGAACAGCUUGCCCUUGGUUUUCUGCCUCUGUUAUGUCUCUCACACUUUUUCGCCAUCUCACUUUGUUGACUUGACUCUCAACUUGACUGCAAAAGAUUGAUGAUCCUCUUAAAAACCAGCCUUUGGUCAUUCCAAAACCACCUUUGCCUCCAAGCGUCUUCAUCAGCAGCUCUCCUCCUGAUGACAUCAGACAUCACGCUCUAAAACUCUGGAGCAAACUUCAUUCAGUGAAGCCCACCUGGCAGUUUCUCUGUUACGGUACUAUUUAUAUACUGUAUCUAAUCUCAAUCAAUUGUUGUGUGCAUGACUGAAUACGCUAAUUGUGGUCACUUUAUCUGCUAAGCAAUAUCUGUCCAAAACUCUGCCAAAUUAAGAGUUAAGAAAAUUGUAACAACAGUUUAACACGAGAAUGCAAUCUGUUGAAACUGUCGUCCACGAUUCACUUUUACGUCUCUUUUUUAUGUACUAUUUAUUGUUUGUGUGUGCAAAGAAAUAUGUUAUAAUGAAAUAUAAUGGGUGUAUGGGUAAAAUGUGGGUAUUUGGGGAAAGGUACUACAGAGACACUGUAGAAUAGAUGUAUUUAUUUAUGUAUGUGUGACCUGUAUUGUAGCAAUUUAGAUUUGUUUGAUGAAUGGGCAUUCAAGAUUAUUUGAAAUAGUGAACUAACGGCUAAACUAAAAACUUAUUAAGAUUUCUGUUUUGGUUUUUAAUACGUUUUUAAAGUUUUGAGCAGAUUUGAUCAAUAAAGAAAAUAUCAAACGGCCAAUCCAUCAUCUGGUUGUUAGUUACAUAUUUUACAGCUUGCUAUACAUCUUUUGACAUGGUUGGGAAACAUGGUUGGAAGGUAUGACAAGAUUACUGUAAUCAUUGGUCUAUAUUCUAAUAAUACUUUUAUUAGAAAUUUAUUUUAGAGGAUAUUUGAUAUACUGAUUCAGCUUGCGCUUUCUCAUCUGCACUGAUUGCAUUUUUUUCAUUAAUUACUUUAUUUUUUAUUAUUAUU